AUGAGCAUUCUGAGUCUGACGUUCUCGCUGGUCCACGCCGAUCACCUUCGUCUGGAAGCCAAUUAUCAUACGGGCAUCUAUCAGAUGUGCAAAUCGACGACGACAUGCCUGAAUUCGUUGAAAGGCUGUUCGGACAUCGAUCAGAAGGUUGUCGAUGGUCUCAAAGCGAAAUGCGACUAUAUGGUGUAUCUGAGCGGCGCGUUCUAUCCAUGCUCCUUUAAACUCCGCGAGCUCACGAGGCCGUGCGUCGUCGACUUCUACAAGCUCUCAUCGAUGACGCCAACGCGUUGCCAAUUUUUGACGAAUUGCGAACAAUGCCUGAAAUCGUCGAUUACGAGCGUGUGCGGCGCGAAUUUCUGGCGACAAUAUGAGCCGCACUGGAAAUCGUUGGCAACGAUUUGGGAGUGCUGA